AUGUAUUUUAUCAUAAACAUAACCCCAAAAGAAGGGAUUUGGAAGGAUAUUGCGGUUAAAUUCUCAUGCAGCAUACCAUCCGGAUAUCCGCAUGAUCGGCCCAGAAUCAAAUGCAUCAGCGAAAUUGUUCAUCCAAACAUUUUGGGUGUAAAUGCUGAAAAGUGCCAAGGAGCCGUAUGUCUCAAUAUUUUAAGGGAGGAUUGGCGGCCAAUUUACACAAUAAACACCGCCAUUGUGGGACUUUUAAAUCUCUUGUUGGAACCACAAAAUGAAGAACCACUGGACAAAAUCGCCGCGGAUUUGUUCAUUAAAGAUCCGCAACUACUUAGACUCGAAAAUAUGAAAUUUUAACAUU